AUGGAGUACAUGUACAGGAGGCUUCAGUUCAGGGGUUUUCGUGAAGCAUAUGGUGAACCCGGCUCUCGGACGUGCUCAUGGGCUCCUGGCCUCACCAAGGCCUCACUCCCCUUCCUCAAUUACCCUGCGCAAAUCAACCAAGGAUUAAUUACAAUAAUAUCAAUAAGUGCUGGUUUUGGCCUACUAUUUUCACUUCUUGGUAUUGCAAAAAUCAUUGAUAAACUUAAGCAACGAAGAGCCAAGAAGCUGAGACAAAAGUUUUUCAAGAGAAACCGUGGGUUGCUUCUCCAACAAUUAAUCUCAUCAAACAAAGAUAUAGCCGAAAGGUUGAAGAUUUUUAGCUUGGAAGAACUAGAGCAAGCAACAAACAAAUUUGAUCAGAAUCGUAUCCUGGGAGGUGGAGGUCAUGGCACGGUCUACAAAGGCAUCUUAUCUGAUCAACAUGUUGUUGCAAUUAAAAAGUCCAAAAUUGUGGUUCAAAGGGAAAUUGAUCAAUUCAUAAAUGAGGUUGUCAUACUUUUACAGACUAACCAUAGAAAUGUGGUGAAACUCUUUGGUUGUUGCCUCGAGACAGAAGUUCUUUUAUUAGUCUAUGAGUUCAUAUCGAACGGAACCCUAUCGUAUCAUCUUCACGUACAGAGUGAAAACCUUUUGUCAUGGAAAGACAGAUUGAGGAUUGCAUUAGAAACUGCAAGGGCUAUUGCAUAUCUACACUCUGCUGCUUCCAUAUCUGUGUUUCAUAGAGAUACCAAAUCUGCAAAUAUACUACUCAUUGAUAACUUAGUUGCCAAGGUAUCAGAUUUUGGAGCUUCAAAAUCAAUCUCUAUAGACGAGACAGGAAUACUUACGGGCAUCCAAGGAACUCAUGGCUACCUUGAUCCUGAAUACUAUUACACCAGCCGACUCACAGAGAAGAGCGAUGUUUAUAGCUUUGGUGUUAUUUUAGCCGAACUUCUGACGAGGAUUGCACUAGUCUUCUCUUCUCAUUCAUCAGAAGUAACAAGCUUAGCAUCACACUUCGUGUCAAUGAUAAGAGACAAUCACUUGUGCGAUAUUCUAGAUCCACAAAUUGUUGAAGAGGAAGGAGUUAAAGACGCCAAAGUGAUUGCAAAGCUCGCAGAAGCAUGCUUAAACUUAAAAGGCGAAGAAAGGCCUACAAUGAGGCAAGUGGAGACAAAACUUGAAGAUAUGCAAGGCUCAAAGGUCUAUUCCAAUUCUCGAAUCUCGAGAACAAGUCAAAAUGCUCUAAAGGAUAAGUUAGCCAAGGGGAACAACGGCGGUGAAGGAACUAGACAAUACAGUUUAGAGAAAGAGUUCAUGCAAUCAUCUGAAUUUCCACGAUGGUUAUGCCUAUAUACAUUUUGUGAGUUAUUUAGCAGUUUUGAGUUCUAUAUUGUACUUAUGCACCUAAAAAAAAAUAGUGGUAGCCGAUAA